AUGCAUUCUCGUAAUGAGAGGAAGAUGAUAAUAUGGAGCUUGUGUUUAAUCUUUUCACUUUCUUACUCAACCCUUGUUUUCUCUUCUCCUGCUAAGCAGUUGUGUCGUCCAGACCAGAGGGAUGCUCUUUGGGAGUUCAAGAGUGAGUUUCACUUCAGUUGGAUGGCUCCUAAUGAGCAAACACAGAGGUGGAUAAACAACACUGAUUGUUGUUCCUGGGAUGGUAUCUCUUGCGAUCGUAAGACGGGGAACGUCGUUGAUUUAAAUCUCUGGGGCAGUUCUCUCAACGGCUCUUUGAGAUCUAACAGUGGUCUGUUUAAACUACAACAUCUUCAGAGCCUUAAUCUUAGCUCCAAUAAUCUUGCGGGUAUUCUACCGGAUUCCAUUGGCAACCUCAAAUACUUGAGAGUCUUGAAACUUUAUGGGUGCAGUUUCUUUGGAAAGAUUCCUUCCUCGAUCGGGAAUCUUUCUCAUCUCACUCAUCUUGAUCUUGAAGGUAACGGUUUCACCGGUGAACUACCAGAAUCGAUGGGCAACCUAAACAAACUAACGAAGCUGCUACUUUCAACGAGCAAGCUCAGUGGAAACUUUCAUCAUGCUCUACUCAAUUUGAGUGAGCUUACGUGGUUCGACCUUCGUUCUAAUCAUCUCGAAGGGAAUAAUUUGAAGAUCAGUUCAAGUCUCCAUCUUCUUUCACCCAUAGGAUCAUUGUCUCUAGCUUCCUGCAACGUUUCUGAUUUUCCAAACUUUCUUCAGACGCAGACCAAUAAUAAGCAGGAAAGGUUUAUGGGAAUUAGCUUUUCAAACUAUCAUAAGUCGGUUGUUCUAGCAAUCAAAGGUUCGGAGAUGGAGUUACUUGGGAGUGAAUUAGCUUUGUCCACACAAUUUCUAAUAAAUCAAGAGUAUCUUCUUCCGGAUAUUCCCAUGUCUUUCUUAAUGAGCCAAAGAAAUCCACAAUACAGAGAUGAAAUCUUAAAUUGCAACGUUGAUGGCUUCAUCCUUCAUGUGAUUACGGCAUCAUCUUGGUUACAGCUGUUGCAUGAAAUAGUGAAACAGUAG